ACAAUUCCCGUGUUCCGAUUCCGACGUGAUUCGCUUUUUUAGAAUGCAAUACAUUUUGCACUACAAAAUAAAUAAAGAGUAAAACAAUUCACAAUGAAUUUUGGUGGCACGUUAAGGUUAAACAAAUUCGCCUGUUUCACGUUAAUUUUCAUUCUGUUCCUCAUAGUUUACUGGCGAUCGGGCAAUAAUGCUUAUCCCGCUGACAAAUCCGACUUGGUAAACAUUAAAUCUUUGUUAAAAGCUGCUAUUUACGCGGCGGAGAGGGGAGGAAAGAAGGUCGCGGAGGGUAAAAACCAUGAACUGAACGUUAAAAGUAAAGGUAAGACGAUAGAAGGGGCCAACGAUCCCGUCACUGAUGCCGACUACGCUUCGCACUGUGCGAUGUUUUACAGCCUCAAGAACACGUUUCCCAAGUUAAGUAUAAUAUCGGAGGAGCAUUCGAAGGAUGACCCGAGUUGUCAGAAACAGGAGAAGAUAGACAUUGAGUCCACGCCCUCAGAACAUAAAAUAAUUGACCAAAUGAAUGAUGAGCAUGUGUUCAUAAAAGAUGUAACGAUAUGGAUCGAUCCGUUGGACGCCACGCAAGAGUACACAGAGGGUCUCUACAAGUAUGUGACAACAAUGGUGUGUGUGGCCAUCAAUGGAGUGCCAAUAGUAGGGGUGAUACAUUACCCCUUCACCACUCAGACUCACUGGGGCUGGGAGACUAAAAGGACUUCCACCAACAUACCCAAUGUACAGCAUAUAGCAGAAAACAAAAACCACCCUAGAGUAGUGGUGUCCCGUUCUCACCCAGGGAAAGUCGCUGACAUUGCUAAAGCAGCAUUUGGCUCUAAAACUACAGUAACUCCAGCAGCCGGUGCCGGAGACAAGGUCAUGGGAGUUGUCAAUGGCGAGUUUGACGUUUAUUUACAUGCCACAGCAAUUAAGAAAUGGGAUUUAUGUGCUGGCAAUGCACUAAUUAAAGCUGUCAAUGGUAAAAUGACCACAACGAAAGGUAAAGCGAUAGAUUAUUCAUCGACCAGUGAUGUCAAAGUUACGGAUGGUAUACUUGUGACUAGGUACGACCAUGAUUACUAUUUGAGUAAGUUGCCAAAUGCAUUAUCUACUUAAUGUGUCUGUAAAAAUAUUGUAUUUAUAGCCAGUGUAACAAAAUUUUUCUAUUUAUUUUGAUUAUGUGAUAUUUUGACCCCUUUACAGGUUAAAAUAUUUCUGCAAACCCCAAGCCAUAGACUAAAAGUUAGUAAUUUAAAAACACUCCCUUCAUUAUUCUCUGUAACAGUAUCUUGCCUGUUUUCAAUAAUUGUCAGUGUAUCACAGAAUAAGGUUUCAUGACUCUUAAAUUGAAAUACACUGUUAAAGAUAUCUUGAGUCCUCACCUCAAUAACAAAGGUGUGGAGUUUGUCAUUAGGGGGAGCAAGAGUGGUGUGAGGAAAAACAUGUGCUAGUCAGUGGCGAGCACUUCAUAGAUGCAAAAACGCACUGCAAAAACGCAACGCAUGAGGACUCAAUACAAACCUACUUGUAUGUUGGACCACAAAAUACAUAGUGGGACAAGGACCCUUAUGCUCACCGCUGAUCUCAGUGUCUCAGGAGAUGAGCUUACUCACGAAAGAUAGUCUGGCAUAUUCCUGUAUUGGGCAUUGGAGUCCUCAUUUAUGUGGUAUUCCAUAGUAAAUUUAUUAUUCCAUUGCUGCAAAUGUUGCAUAGUCUAUUUGUUUAUUGUGCUUGCAACAUGUCUAUGAAUACACAAACAAAACUUUACCUCAACAUAAAUUGACUUACAAUUAAAGACAAGUUCAAUUACAUUCAUAGACACUAGACAAGCACAAAAUGUUUUAUUUAUUUAUAUUUUUUUAGCAUAUUAAUUUAUGAAAAUCCUAUUGAUGUAUGUAUUUAUUAUGAAGUAAUUGUAAAUAUAGAUAUCUAUAAACUUUUAAAUACAUAAUUUAAUAUUUAUAUAUGUAACUAUUGUUGUAAAGUAGUGAACAUAUUAUUUAGAACUCAGACUAAUUACCUUCUACAGGACCUGCCUCGCUAGAGGUAACCCAUCUGUCACAACAAUUUGAUCAUGAUCAAACUUGUUCAUACAAAUUUAGUAUAAAGAAUUGAUGUUUUGUUGUGUUUAAAAUUUAUAGUUGUGUGUACUGGAAAGACACAAUAUAUUUAUUGGUGUUAAAUAUUUUCAAUGUGCAAGUUUACUUUUGUUGGUGAAUUUGAGUGUGAUGCAAUUUGAGUCCAAUAGAAGGUAAUUUGUCUGAGGUUUAAACAAAAUUGAGACAUUUGAUGGGUUUAUGGGUUCCUUGUUAGAAAUUCUCAGUAGCAUUAUGGUGUUGUGAAGUUUGUUUCAGCCGUGUUUUGUAUUUAAUUAUUAUGGGAAACACCUACGAUAAUUUUAAGAUCAUUAUGUUACAUGUUCCUCGAUUACAGGUGGUAUUAACAUUCAUUAUUUAUGUUACUGUGGAGGGGUGGUAUCAGUGUUUGUUUAAAUAAGAGGGCAUUUGAUGACUAGAGCUCAGUUGUUUGUUAGGCAGCGUAGACACCGUCACGCUGCCAGUCGCGUUAGUGAUUUUGUGCAAUAAUUUUUUGUGUUGUAAUUAUUGGUUAUCAUAAAUGGUUUAGUGUGGGCAUUUCGGGCAGGGAAGGCCAUUGGUUAUGGAUUCUAAAAGGAUCCUUUAAAUCUACUCCCAAGGUCACAAGUCCUGGGACCUGCUCGAGGUGUUUCCUCUACCACAAAAUAAUGGAACAAUCGCUGUCGCUGCUACCCGUCAUGUCACAAUAACAAAAAUUUCUACAGGAAUAUUAUAAAGAGGAAUAGAUAUUUUUUUGGUCUGAAACCAAUUUAAAAAAUUUCAAGCGACUCUAUCCCCGUAAAAUAUGCUAUACUUUACUGUCGAACUCCUAAGCGAUCAGAAAGUACGCAGGUAAAACGGCGGGACAUUCGCUAGUCUAUAGUAACUACUAGUAAUAUUAUAAAGGGGAAAGAUUUGAUUGUUUCUUUGUUUGCAUUGAAUAGGCUCUGAAAUUCUGAAUUCUGAAACUAUUGAACCUUUGAAUAAUUCGUUCACUGAUGGGCAGCUUCACUAUUCCCGAGUGCUAUCAUAGGCUAUAUUUUAUCCCCGUAUUCUUAUAGGCACGGGAAUCACGCGGGUGAAACCGCGCGGCGUCUGCUAGUGUUGUAUAUAAAGGCUGUGUAUAAUAAAAACUGUAAUUUUAAAGGUAUUUUUACUAUAGAUAAACCGCUCAAUUGAGUCUUCUCCCCUGCAGUACAGGCAUAGCUGGGCAUAGUUAAUCAAAUAGUUAACUUCGUUAAUCGUUAAUCCGCAUACAUUCUGGAAGAAUUAACGCAAGUUAACGUUAAUCGUUAAUCCGUUAAUAUGACUGUGUAAUAUUACAUUUUUAUAUCAUUGUGUGAGAUCAUCAUUGGAAAAAUAAGGAUGAGCACUGGGGAAAAGUGCCAUAAUUUGUUUUUUGUUGAUUUUAUCUAUAUUUAACAUAAAUAUAGUAAUUUCAUUCAUCAUUUCUUGCUUGUCUGAACCUGUUUUCCGCGUCGCGCGGUAAAUAGUAGGCAUUGAAUUAACGAUUAACGGACUUCUGCAUAUUAACGGAAGUUAACGUGUCCGUUAACAUUUUUAUAAGUUAACUUAAAAGUUAAUCCGUUAAUCAAAUUGUUAACUUCGUUAAUUAACGAUUAAUUUAUUAACGAGUUAAUGCCCAGCUAUGAGUACAGGGGUGUAGGGUGAGGGUGGGGUGAGCUGCAAAAACUUGUGACUAUCAACAAGUGAAUGCAGAAUGCUCCUGCCGAAAUUACUGAUUAAAAAUUGCACUGAUUUCGUUAAGAUGGAAGUUAGAAAAAUAGAUAUUUUGAAAUCUCAUGUAACUGCACUGAUUUCUGAUAUUUACACUAAUAUUAUACAGAGGAAAUAUUUGUAUUAUUGUAUGUAACGAGUAAACUACUGGGUCUAUUUUUUUGACUCUUGCACCCCUGUAAUGCGCGCCCGAACACUCAUUUAUGUGGUUUGUCUAUAAAAUUUAAUAUUAUUGAAUUAUUAAUGAUUUCGUAUACUAUCAUUUUAUUUUGAUGAAAUUUUGAUUAGUUAGAAGUUUUGAUGAUUGUUAUUUUUGAAAUCUCCAUACAAUGUUAAUGACUAAUAUGUAUUUAUAAGACAGAAAAUAUUUUUAAUCUUAAGUAAUUUAUAAUAUCUUAUAUAAGUAAUUUAUAAUAGAAAACUGUUGUUAAUUUAUUGAAUAAAUAGAAAUAAUUAAAUUAA